AUGGUUCGUUCCGAAGAAGCUCAGCUACUCCAUGCUCUUCUUCUUUUUGGUGUCAGAUUAGCAGCAGAACCUCGUAUUCAUGCCAGAGUAAUGCCACGAUUCCCGUCAGCCGGUGCACCCAGCCUCGGUUCAGUGGGCACCAAAUCAACCUGGCUGGCCGAUAGCCUGGACUUGAAUCUAAUGGAAAACGUAUGGGGAUUUAUGAUGAGGAGAUCUAUGAAGCAAACAAGCAGCUAUGGAUGCAUAGGUGAACUGAAGAAAGCAAUAGUCAACGGUUCGGCACCAAGUUAA